AUGCUAGCUCCAACCUCGCAUAUCCAGUACUUGGCAGUUCUGGCUCCUUCAGCUGUCGUCGCGGAUGCUACACCCUCCAACCACCGUGCCCGACCCUCCUCGGCGUCCUCGCUCUCCAACGACCACUUCGACUCACCGACCGCAUAUCUCGGCAUCUUCUCCGCCGAAUCCCCCAACGCAGGUCGGCGAGCCCUCCGCAAGCCUUCACCGGGCCUUCUCGCGCGUGUGAGACUCCUCAGCCAUCGAAGCAAGAACCGCACCGUCUCAAGCCCGGCGCUCGGAGUCGAUAUCGGACGGAUACCCGAGGAUCACCUCAGGGAGCUGGACAGCCGACACAGAGCCCAUUCGAUCAGAGUGGAGCGGAGAGGGCAGGCCUGGAACAGGACCCAUCCACGGUUGGAGCCGCAGCUGACGGGUGGGAGCAUGCCGGAGCUUGUUAUGGAUGGGCAGACGGAGCUAGAAAGUGAUCACUCCUCGAUCAUCAGCACGAGCGACAGGAUGGGUCCGUCGGAUACCGAGAGUGAGCUCGAUGGUGCCGAGCACGACACCCUGAAAUACCGACUGCCGGAUGUGGGGAAGGUGGCAGGGGACUUGCGAAAUAGCAGUCGGCCAGACCUCGAGCAAGAGCCGGAGGAAGAGCCAUCAAGACCCCCGACGCCGCCGCCGAAGGACACUCCGCCUAUGCUCACUUCCCCGCGUAGGGAUGGAACCUUUUCCCAAGGAAUCUCUACCGACGACGAAGCGUACUUCAACCCCUACGGCGCAUCUCGGACGAACUCCAUCUACUCUCUAUCUCGUGCAUCCUUCACGAAUCAGCUCUCCCAACUUACGUCCAUCAGGCUCCCGCAAGCCUCGUCCCUUUCGGAAAGCAUUGCAUCUAUACCAACUUCCACCGCAGCCGCGCGGGCGCUCGAGGACGCGGCAGAGCAGAUACGAAUAUGGAUGAACAAGGCGUCAGAAGUGCUCGACGGUUUGGAUGCAGAGGACGACAUCGAAUGGGCCGCAGCAGGAGGUCGCGAAGGCCUGGACCAAGUCGACGCGGCUAUCAACCGGUUCGAGAGUCUGGUUACUGUUUACGUGGUCGCCAUUGAAAACCUGCAAGCUCGGGACGACAUCGCAAGUUUGACAACCGAGGAGCUGGAAAGGAUGGUUGCCCAUAUGGAGGGCAUUGUGCAGGAGUGGCAGAACAUAAAGCGCGCACUCGGAGCCAUCAAGGAGCAAGUGGAGAUAGCAAUGGAGUGGGAGGAUAUCUGGAACACUGUGCUAGGGGAGAUUGGCCUGGAGAUAGAAGCACUGGGUCGGCUGGUAUUUGAGAUGGAAGAGCGAAGGCACCAAAGUGCGCCUCUGGACAGCGAAAGCGGCAGCGGCCUGGAUAUUGGGGAGCUGGAACGGAUUGUGGUAGAGAGUCCGAAGACCGAGGCCAGAGUCACCGCAAACAACCGCUACAGCCUGCCGCCGGCUCUCACACUAAACAGUCCCAUACAGAGCCCGACCGCCAAACAGGUGCAGGAGGACUCGAACUUGCUCCAGCUGUUUGCAAAGAUGCAGCCGCUCCGCGCAUCACUCGACUUCCUUCCUAUGCGGCUCGCUCACUUCGGCGCCCGCGGCAGUGCGGUGUUCCCAACGGCCUGCGAGGAGCUUGAUAAGCGACGAGACACCCUAGAGGCAAGAUACAAGAAGCUAGAGGACGACGCCGAGGCCCUGAGGCGCGAGCUCAGCGACGACCGCUGGGUUCACCUCUUCCGCAAUGCCGGCCAAAAAGUCUCCGCCAUGUUCGACAGCCUCGCACGCAGCCUUUCUAAGCUGACCGAAGCACUCGAAGAGGACCCUCACAACCUCGAACUCCUCGCAAAGCGCAUCGAAUACUACACCUCCAAACAACCGCACUAUCCCCCCGCGAUCGAGCAGAUCCUGUCCAUCAUCGACAAAGGCGCGAAGGAGCGUCUGAGCCUCAACGGCGAGAUCCUGCGCCUGCAGUCCGACAUGCAGCGGCGCUGGGCAGACCUCAAGAACGACAUGGCCGCCAUGGACGCGGCUAUCAAGCACGUCGACUCUCCGAAGAACCAGCAACUGCGCGACUCCAUCUCCACGAUCCUAACCGCCGACCACUCCGCCAACAGCAGCAUGGUUGCCACGCCCGGCAGCUCACCCGCCUCCUCAGUCGUCCUCAUGAGCCGCAAGAGCAGCGAACACGGCUAUGGUGGCCUCAGCAAGUCGCGCCAGAGCAGCAGCAGCGUGACAGGCAGCGCUGGCUCCCUACCCACGCCCACGGGACGGCGCUACUCGAGCAUGCCGUCCGCCCUGCCGAACCUCAGCCUCAGCGGUAUCCCCCGCAAAACAGCCGUCUCGCGCUCCAGCGCCUCAGAAACAACGCCCCAGCGCGCGGCAUCGCAGUCACCCACUACGCCCCGCUUGCCGCCACUGCCACCGUCGUCAACCCCCACACCAUCACACGGUUAUCGCACCCCACCGGCUUCUGCCGGGUCGGACACAGCACAGCCGCCGAAACCGCGCUGGAACCCCUCGACGAACACGAACGAUAUCGUGCUCGGGUUAGCCACUAAACCGCUGCCGCCGGUGCCGUCGGUGACGCCGAGUCCGCACGCGAAAAGCGUUGCCACGCCGUCGACGGCGCGGAAUAGUAUCCGCUCUGUCUCCUCCGUGUCAGGGAUCCCCGUCUCGAGCCCGCUGAGCCGCAACUCGCCAUACUCAACACCGCCACCCUCCGCGCUGCCGCGACCAACGUCGAUCACGCCUCAGCCGUCUGCUGUAACGGCCGCGCUCUCGUCGGCUAACAAGCACCGGCAGCCGCUGUCGCCGGCCUCGCCCACAGCCUCGAGACUCCCGUCCUCGGCCGCGCGACCGCUGUCGCAAAUCGCGAACCCGGGCCUCAGGCUUGGGACUGCUGGGAGAAGGGUCAGUGGCAUUCCGCUGGGGUCUAUCGCUGCAUCGGUCGAGGAGGAUGGUGGUGGGGAGAAUAGUCCGGCUGGUAGGGUGGCGGCGGGGAAGGCGAAAAUGGGGAGGACGUCCAUGGGAACGGGAAGGGAGAGUAGAGGUGGGGGGAGUGGGAGGGUGAGUAGUUUGGGUGCGUCGCCUGGGGCUGGGGAGGAGAGGCCGAGGUGGCGGAUUUAG